CCAACCUUCAUUUUCUGCAUUUAGCCAUUGAGAUGAAUGAAGUCGUCCACAAUGCCCACCUCCAAUGCUGCAUCCCCAAAUGUCUCCUUCCACCAUCUUAAUCUUGGAACCUUAAGCAAAUCCAUUGCCAUCUCAGGCCUUGUACUUUUCGCGUUCUACAUGGUUUGGUCCAACCAUGUCAAUGGUAACUACAGUAGUGCUUCAGAUCUUCUCUCCAGUCUUCAACUCAAAUGGCCAUCUUCCCCAACCAUGACAACUUGUAGUAGUGGUGGUAGUGGAGCUCCUGUCCCAUCUGAUCAACCAGAUUCAUCAACCGAGAUCAGCCACGUGGGAUUCGUUGUAAUAGGCUCCUUGCCCACCUGGACCUGGAGAAAGCACUACAUAGAAGCCUGGUGGAGACCAAAUGUGACAAGAGGUUAUGUGUUUUUAGACAAGGAACCUACACCAGAGUUCCUACCAUGGCCCCUUACCUCCCCACCGUACCGAGUCAGCAGCAAAUUCACCAACCUAAGGGUCUACCCGAAACUCGUGAGCCCGCCUCAAGUCAGAAUGUUUCGAGCCAUCCUCGACAUGUACCGACAGGGUCAUCAAGCCAACAAAGGGCUGAGAUGGUUCAUGGUGUGCGACGAUGACACAUUGGUGCUUGUGGAUAACUUGGUCGAGGUUCUAAACAAGUUUGAUCACACCAAGUACCAUUACAUUGGAGGCAACUCGGAGUGUGUGAAGUCCAAUGCCGACUUCUCAUUCGACAUGGCAUUUGGUGGGGCUGGCUAUGCUUUGAGCUGGCCCUUAGUCGAGGCAUUGUCGAGUAAGCUCGAAGGUUGCAUUGAGAGGUACCCACACCUUUUUGUUAGUGACCAUAUGGUUCAGUCCUGUUUGGCUGACCUUGGAGUUGCUGUAGCUCAUCAGAAGGGAAUUCACCAGAUUGAUCUCCAUGGUGACAUCUCAGGCUUUCUAUCAACUCAUCCACAAGCCCCUUUAGUGACCCUUCACCAUUUCGACACCAUAGAUCCAAUCUUCCCCUCCAUGGACCGCCCCGAAGCCAUUCAACACCUCAUGAAAGCAGCAGAAGUCGACGAAUCUCGUCUAGCGCAGCAGACCAUUUGCUAUCAUAGGGAGAGCAACUGGUCUGUCUCGGUUUCCUGGGGCUACUCUGCUUACAUAUACGAGAACAUCAUUCCUAGAAGCACAUUGAUCAAGCCCCUCGAGACGUUCCAGCCAUGGAUUAUCAACACUAGCUACCCAGCCUUCAUGUUCAACACGAGGAGGCCGAAUGAUGAUGCUUGUGAGUCCCCCCACGUGUUCUUCUUCCAGUCUUUCGACGAAGACUGGAAGAAGAACAACGCGUCUGCUGUAGUAGUAGGGGACCAGCAGGUUGUCACUACGUAUACUCGAAAGUGGCCAGCCAACUUGCGUCCUUGCGAGUUGGCUGGGAACCACUCUGCCAGUCUUGUGGAUGAGAUUCGGGUGGUUUCUCCGACGAGGACUCGUAAGAUGGCUGGAGUGAUGGAAUGCUGUGAUGUUGAUCACGAGGUUGGAAGGAGUUCCGUGGGUGUCACGGUAAGGAGUUGCCUGAAAGAUGAAGUCAUUGCCUAAGGACAUAAUGGUUCUUUUCUGCACAUGAGAAUAGGUGAAAUUGAGGAGUUGGCUAUUUUCUGCACAUAACAUUUCUUGCACUUCAAGGGUCAAACAGAACCCUUUAUUGUCAUGCAAAGCAAAAAGACUUCAAAGAGUGGUAAAGAGUAAGGAGAGCUAUAAAUUCACCAUGUGUAAACUGUAGGGUAAAGAUGUCAACACAUUCAUUGUUUGCUUUAGAGUACUAGUUGCCCAUAGCCUAUGUUACUAGCACUCAUCAGUGUACUUUUUUGGAGAAUGAUCAAGGAUUCAAACUGAGAAAAGGCCAAUUGAUUCAUCAUAAUGUGUGAUAGAACGGAAGAAAAACGGGGUGUCUCAGAACGGAUCAAGAACAGGCAAGAACCAAGUCCAGCCAUCCUAGUAGGUUGAGUUAGAUCUGACCGACAAAGUUACGUCGAAAUUGUUAUCCUGGACUACCCUUUCUUUUGUUCAUAGUAUUAACUUGCACUAUUCUAAAAGUCUGAGAUGUUCAAUUGGCCAGGCAAACAAAACAGAUUGAAGAAGAGAAUCAGGCCUGCAAUUAAGAUACACUUGGACU